CCUGCCGUUCUCCUGGGUGGGGGCGGGGCUUGCGUGGUUUACUUCCGGAUACCACAGUACGACACCGGAAGCCGGAAGUGGGAAUUUCAGCAGCGGGAGAAGAGAAGGGCUACCGCGGAAUCCGGACUUUCUUGGAGUGACGGCGCUCGAGGAGCGCUCGUGGCCCGCUGCUCCUGUCCUUCUCACGUCGGAUCGAUUCUGCUGUCAGAUCUUGACUUGUUGGAUGAGCAAGCCCCCCUGGAAGAGUCAGCUGUGUGAGAUGGUGCAGCCCAGCGGUGGCCCAGCUGGGGACCAGGACAUGCAGGGUGAAGAGUCUUCUCUGGGGAAGCCAGCCAUGCUCCACCUGCCUUCGGAGCAGGGUGCUCCUGAGACCUUCCAGCGCUGUCUGGAGGAGAAUCAAGAGCUCCGAGAUGCCAUCCGGCAGAGCAACCAGAUGCUGAGGGAUUGCUGUGAGGAGCUACAGCGUUUUCAAGGCAGCCAGAGGGAGGAGAAGGAGUUCCUCAUGCAGAAAUUCCAGGAUGCCAGGAAACUGGUAGAGAGGCUGAAUCUGGAGAAGCUUGACCUGAAGAGGCAGAGGGAGCAGGCCCUGCAGGAGGUGGAACAUCUAAAGAGAUGCCAACAGCAGAUGGCUGAGGACAAGGCCUCGGUGAAAGCUCAGGUGACAUCUUUGCUGGGGGAGCUCCAGGAGAGCCAGAGUCGUUUGGAGGCUGCCACCAAGGAUCGGCAGGCUUUGGAAGGCAGGGUCCGGGCAGCCAGUGAGCAGGCCCGGCAGCUGGAGAGUGAGCGGGAGGCGCUGCAGCAGCAGCACAGCGUGCAGGUGGACCAGUUGCGCAUGCAGAACCAGAGCAUGGAGGCUGCCCUGCGCAUGGAGCGCCAGGCUGCCUCAGAGGAGAAGCGGAAGCUGGCGCAGCUGCAGGUAGCCUAUCACCAGCUCUUCCAAGAUUAUGACAACCAUAUCAAGAGCAGCAUGGUGAGCAGUGAGCGAAACCGAGGAAUGCAGCUGGAAGAUCUUAAGCAGCAGCUCCAACAGGCUGAGGAGGCCCUGGUGGCUAAACAGGAAGUGAUUGACAAGCUGAAAGAAGAGGCUGAGCAGCACAAGAUUGUGAUGGAGACUGUACCGGUGCUGAAGGCCCAGGCGGAUAUCUAUGAGGCAGAUUUCCAGGCUGAGAGGCAGGCCCGGGAGAAGCUGGCGGAGAAGAAGGAGCUCCUGCAAGAGCAGCUGGAGCAGCUGCAGCGGGAGUAUAGCAGGUUAAAGGCCAGCUGUCAGGAGUCAGCCAGGAUUGAAGAUAUGAGGAAGCGGCAUGUAGAGGUUUCCCAGCCCCCCUUGGCCCCUGCCCCAGCCCACCAGUCAUUUCACCCUGUCUUGUCCAGCCAGAGGAGAAGCCCCCCAGAAGAGCCACCUGACUUCUGUUGCCCCAAGUGCCAGUAUCAAGCACCUGAUAUGGACACCCUGCAGAUACAUGUCAUGGAGUGCAUUCAGUAGGGCUGCCUGCCAGUGACCAGCCCAGGACAGUGCAGUCUGUGCUUUCCUCUCCUGCCUGCCUAGUCCUGAAUUACAGGCUAGGUGACGAAGAGCAGGCCACUUCUUUGAGCCCCAAGAGCUAGCUGCAGAGACUUAAGCUUUAGCUUCCUCGCCUGCUGGUUUGCCUCUUUUAGGGUAUAUGGAGUCCCAGCUAGGCCUGAUGCUCUGCUCUUUUUGUUCGUUUUGUCUGCUUGAACCACUUGCCUCUUGGGCUCCCUCUUCCACCUCCAUGGGGAAGUCAAGAAUCAAGGCCAGGGCUCUCAGAAAGAAAUGCUUUCCCAGCCCGAGAUGGGAGGGGGCUCUUCUGGCCCAUCUCUAGCACACUGUGGUGUUGGUGCGCUCAUGGGUCGUAUGCUAUUCCACUGGAGGCUGCACCAUGGCAUUUGCAUUGUUGCUAGUCUUCUUAUUGUCAUAAAUAACGCCACAGUGAAAAUCCAUGUUCAUCGAUCAUGUGUCUUUGGGUCAGAUUCUUAGAAGUGGUCACACCGAGCAUCAGCAAAUGGGAUAGGUGGUGCAGGUGCCCUCCCAGUGUGGUUUCCUGUUCUCCUCUGCUACCCCAUAGCAUUGCCCCAUUGAGGGGUGUUAACCUGUGGGCUUUUGCCUUCCACUAGGCAUGUAGUUCUCUAUUAAAAGUGAGCUUGAGCACCUUUUAGAGAUUCAGGGGUCCUUUUCCAUUCUGGUGUGAAUGGCUUAUUUAUAUUUUUUGCCUAAUUUUCUCUUGGGCCAUUAGUCUUUUGUUCCUCGGUCUGUAGGAGCUCUUUGGUCAAUAGUGGGAUCAGUGCCUCUGUGUGGUGGAAGUUGCAGUGAUCUACUGUGACUUUGUGCCAGAGUGUUUUGGACUUCAAGUUUGUUAUCUUUGUGUAGUCACAUUUACACACCUUUCCUUCACUGCUUUGGGUUUGGAGUUGUAGCCACCUCAUGGUCUGACAGCUGGGAUGCUUCCCACAACACCAAAGCAUGCUCUUGUCCUCCUGAGACAGUUACCACCCAGGGUGAGUGGUGGUGGCCACAUUUCAUCAUAUUCCAGAAGUCCGUGGUGCUGUUCCUUGCACCAGCCCCAAAUGCCCUGGCUUUGCCAAUGGAAAUCACUUGGCAGUGAUUGGCAGAUUAUGAACAUCAGAGGAUUCUUGCUUGUUAUUUUGCAGGAUUCUGAAUAUUUCCUAGGAUGUCAAAGCCAUGGGCAUUAACCCUGCAAUGUUGUAAAAAAAAAAAAAAAGUGCUUUGGAAGUGGAGGAAGAAUACAUAUAAUUUACUCUUUGGUACCCUGGCCGUUGAUCUUGCCUUCCUCCAAGCUCCCCUGGGUAGGAAUGGGAUGUUGCAAGUCCAUCCCUGGGCUUUCUCACAGGGUUUUCUGCUACUUGACAGUGAGAGGUCUGACUGGAAGUGGGAUCUAAGUUUAGUGUUGUAAAAUGGCCAGCAGCCCAUUCUGAAAACAAGCCUGGACAGGGGAGUUUCUUGGCAUCUCCAGGAGUUGGAGUGACUUUUAUUUCCUGAAGCCCAAUGUCUAAAUGCAGAUUGUACUUGAGGAAAAAAUUAAAGGCACAGUUAGAUACUGUAUUUCAAUCCUAAUUCUGCAGUUUUUCUCAAGAGCACUUUUAGUUUUUUGGAGAUGUAUGUUUCCCAUGGCUACUGUAACAAAUGACCACAAACAUGGUGGUUUAAAACACCAGGAAUUUGCCCUGGCCAGGUGGCUCAGUUGGUUGGAGCAUCAUCCUGUGCACCAAAAAGUUAUGGGUUUGAUUCCUGGUCAGGGCACAUACCUGG